AGGCGAAUCAGCUGGUCGCGGGAGCCGUCUUCGCAAGCGCCGGGAAGUGCGGUUUUCUGGUCUUGUCACACCAUGUUGCAAACUCUCCUCCUCAGAAGCAGGGCAGCUGCAUUUGUUAAGUCACUUCACACUCCUGUGUUGAAAAGAGGAUUUUCCAGUCUGCCACCAAAUGUGAAAAAAGUCAGCGAUGUCAUCAAGCUCUCAAUUGGAGGAACGGUGGUGUUUGUUGGCAUCAACUUAUACUUCAAGAAUGAAAAGUUUUAUGACACCUGGGUGAUGCCCAUCUUCCACUCUGUAGACCCAGAAACAGCCCACAACCUAGCAGUGAUGGCAGCAAAGUACAACUUGGUACCAGAGGCAAAGCUGAAGGAGUCAAAGUUAUUGGAAUCCAGAGUGGUGAAUCUGGUGUUCAAAACCCCCGUUGGCCUGGCAGCAGGAUUCGACAAGCAUGGAGAGGCCGUGGAAGGAUUGUUCCGCAUGGGAUUCAGCUUCGUAGAGGUGGGCUCUGUAACCCCCUUGCCCCAGCCAGGCAACCCAAAACCUCGAGUGUUUCGACUCAAGGAUGAUAAGGCAGUCAUAAACAGAUAUGGCUUCAACAGUGAUGGACAUGAAGUUGUACAUGCCAGGUUAUCACAACUGCAGCCUCCAGGGCAGAGACCAGGAAUUCUAGGCAUAAAUCUGGGGAAGAACAAAACCUCAGAGGAUUAUGUACAAGAUUAUACUCAGGGAAUUGCAAGUUUUGGCCCCAUUGCAGAUUAUCUUGUUGUUAACAUUUCGAGCCCAAAUACCCCAGGACUUCGAAAUCUGCAGCACCGAGGAAAGUUGGAGAAGCUGGUGGAUGCAGUGGUUGAUGCAAGAGACAAACUUCCUGGCACUCACAAGCCUCCUAUUUUCUUAAAAAUAGCACCAGAUUUGACAGAUGAGGACAAACUGGACAUUGCAGCAGUGGUGAGAAGGAAGGGGCGACAAGUGGACGGGCUUAUAGUAAGCAACACAACCAUUUCUCGGCCACACACACUGCAGAGUGCUGAGCGUGAGGAGACGGGGGGGCUGAGUGGACUGCCUCUGAGGGCACUGGCCACCAAGACAAUCAAAGACAUGUAUCAAUUAGUAGAAGACUCUGUUCCAAUUAUUGGUGUGGGGGGAAUUGCCAGUGGCCAAGACGCCUACGACAAGAUCAGGGCUGGUGCAAGCCUUGUCCAGUUGUACACUGCACUCAUCUACCAUGGACCUCCGCUCGUCACCAGAAUCACGAGGGAGCUUGAGGAACUUUUGAUAAGAGAUGGCUUCAAGUCAGUCUCCGAGGCAGUUGGAGUCGACUGCAAAUAGCUGCAGAGCCUGAUUGCAUUUUGUUAUUCAGAAAUAUGGUAUUGUCUGUCUGUGCCAACACUAGUAGCAAGUAGGCACAAGUGGGCAGAUGUGAGUUUUAUAUAUCACAUAGAGAUAUCUACAUUGGCAAUGUGCAAACUCUGACCAGUCCAGGAAGACUUAACAGUCUACUUUUUGACUUUAGGGCUUAUGCAUUUAUUCAGUGACAUUCAAAGUUAUUGAAAAGUAGAGCUUACUCAGUUUACUCAAUAAAAAUAUCCGUGAACUGUGUUCACCUGCUCUCUGCUAGUGUGGAUGCAACAUUAGUCAAGUUGGUCAUCAAAAAAGUGUCAAAUAUAUUUGUUUGAAUAUUAGUAGUCCAGAAAAAUAAAAAAUAAUAGUAGCACUUACAUAUGUAUUGCAUUGCUUAUUGAUAUAACAGCAAAAGCCAUUGGCAAGUUAUAUUUGGUAAAUGGAAGUUGAAAAAAAUUUACUGGUCUCCUUAAAAUGAAUUCAUGAUAAGAUAAUUUAUCAAAUUAUUUUGUGUUGAAUUGUUUAAAGAAAAAUAUUUAAUAAUAAAAAUAAAUUUACAGUCUUUGUUUAACCCAUUACCGCCAGGGAAAAUGAAUAAAAAAUGGGGAAAAUGCUGUGUUCAUUUUUUUACUUUUUGGGAAAUGUCUCUGCACAUAGAUGGUUCUGCUAGUGCCUAGCCACAAAGGAGUCAAUUAGUAGAUCUUGAGACCUUACUUGAUUUCAUCUUUCCUUGAAUUGGCGGGAAAAAUAUAUUUUUUACUAGUGCUAUAAAUAUUGAUGGUGUAUUUUAUUAUAAAUAUUAUAAUUACUAUAAUGUUAUAAACAUUUGUAACAGCAAAAUAAGAUAACGCAAAAUAUUUUUGUAAAUCAAUGAAAAAGGUGAACAGGUGAGACAGGCAGUACUCAUAACUGGCUCACUGGUGACUUAGUACAAGUGUAGCCAUCUAUGUAUAAAAACAAAUAAACAAGUAAACUCACAAUGGGCAUGGCAUGUACAUGCCAUGCUCAUUGGCAAUGGAUAAAUAUACUCACAUUUAUAAUUACUAUUAAAUUGUUUGCACAUUCAUGUUUCUUCUAGAGCCAAGUACUUUUGUAUGUGAUAACUUAGCUACUGUUAAACAUUUGUAUUAGUAUUUUUUUCAAAUGAUAUCUCAAAAAUAAUAUAUUUGUCUUGAUCUCAAAGUACUGUUGUCUCUUGUGUUAAUAAAAAGACAUGUUAGUUUGCGUA